UAUAAUAAUAAUUAUGUAUUAUAAUAUGUAUUAUAAUAAUAAUUGUUAGAUUAUAAGGAAAACAAUUUUUUAGGCGCUCGAAAUAAAAACUCAGUGUUUGAUUUGAGUAGCGGGGAAGAGUCGUACGUUUUGUAAAUGAUUUAUAUAAGUUGUAUAGCUGCUGUAAAGGCAUCGUUCAGUGAAAUAAAUUGGCGAGUAUUUGUACAAAUAUCGCGCGCCCGUUGUGUCUCCCAUAUCUUAACAAUAAAACACAGAAAUUUCAUAUAACCGUACAAUGACGCGUGACACUGUAUUUGUAAUCUUAUAUUCAAUUGCAAUUUAAAUUUAAAAAAACUAUUAUAAAUAUGAGCGUAAAAAGACACGCGGAGCGGAACUCAUUAAUCGGCGAUACCUUUUUAGCGUAUCGAUUUUUCCAGCCGGUCUCCACAGAGCCCCGUAACGACAACAGAGCGUUACUAUGGACUUGGUUCACGACGAUCCCAGGCCUUGAGAUCACCGGCUAGUUGCGUGGUUGAACCGCCGGGUGUUGACCCUGCGAGGGAGAGUUUUCGGCGUGCCGGUUGGUUUUUUGCUGCGACUAUCCAAGAACGAAGAGAGCUCGCGCGAAAUUGGUUACGAGCCGCUGGGACGACGGCCGAACGAUCAGCACGUCCUGGCUUAGGAGAUGGCACGUCGAAAUCGAGACUCCCACGGGGAAGAGAGGUCCACGGAGAUCGCCGGGCCGUUCGAGCGGAACGACAGUGAGAACGACGCCGCGGACAAUGAUAGCUACGCGAAAGCUGGUAGCGCGCAGAAACGACGGACCAGCUCCGAAGACUCGAGCCGGCCGUACAACCAGGAAGCCAAGACAAGCUUCCUGCGGCGGCAAGGCGACAUCGGAGACACGGAGACCGGGUUUCCGGGCGUUAAGAAUAACGACCAGCCUCGCAGGGUCGAGGAGCGUUUACGUGGGAAGGCGUAUCAUCCCGAUACUCGCGCGAACGAGGACAGGGUCGCGUCAAAAUCGCUGGCAAGCAGGAAGCGGAAGCGCAGUAAACGGACUGAGAGACGGAGACUCGGCGAUCGUCGCGAUCGCCUCGACUCCGAGUCGUCCCCGAGACGUUACAGCGGGGUAGAUGGCCUGACCGAUAAAUCACAGAGGAAGAGGAAAAACGCCAGCCGAGCGGACGACGAGGUGCCCAUCACGGAGAUCCUGAAGAAGGCUGAGGAAAACGCGCGCGCCAAAUACGAGGAGCCCGUGCCGCUUCCGGAAUUGACUACGGAUACGAUUUAUAUUCAAGGCAAGAAUGGCUUUAGCGCCGUGAAAAUUGGUGGGUUGAGACGUGCCUUGGGAAAUGAUACGGCACGUGGGGCGGCAAAAGACGAAGCGGCGAGUGGGAAAGAGCGCGAUUUCGCAAGGACGCGAACGCACACGUUGAUAAGAGUGGCGAUUACCGUCCAGAAAAUCUGGAAAUCUACAGGACUUGUCUUUCAGGGCCUCUUGGGCGGAAUGGCGCUUCUGCAUUUCGUAAUGUUGCGCGUCUUCUUCAGCACUUCGAUGGAUUUCGUGUCCAGUUAUUCGGUCUUUUCCGAGGUGUACACCAAUGUGUUCUCCUUCUUGAUCGCCCUCUGCGUCAUAUCUGUUUUCGACAAAUUCGAUCUGACGCGGCUCGACACGGAUCAUCUGCGUGAAAUUUACACGGAUCACGCGAGAUCCGCGAUCGCCGUUCCGCUUUACCUGGUGACGUUCGGUCUCCAUCAGGCGUCGUCGAGGACAGACGAUCGGUUGGCCGUAGCGCGCUAUUGCGAUAUCAACGAGACCAUAUGGUCGAACAGCACGACGCUGGAAACCUUUCUGGACGAAUUAGACGGCUGGCAGAAGGUUACGUUGUCAAAGAAUCUCCUCGCGGUGUUCGCCUGGUUCUUCGUCGCUCUCGGGACGCGCGACAACAUGCUACUGAUGCAUCUCGAGUCGAUGGAGAAAUACGCGAGCGACACGCAGUCGUCUCCCAGGUGACGAUUGAGGAACGGAGAAGAUUGUCGAGCGACGAAGUGACAUUUCAUACCACUAAUUGCGUCCCGGAUUCGAAAGAGUUCGCCGGUGGUGUGUCCCCGGAAUUGGGAUACACGGAGGGAGGAUUGGACGUGAAGGUACGAUUUAAACAUUUAUUCGUAACAGAAUAGCGUUUGAUAUGUACAAUAUGUAUAAAGUCUGGCUAGACGCUAAUCGAUACAAUAUAUAAUAUAUAUAUAUAUGUAUAUGUAUAUAUAUGUAUAUAUAUGUAUACAUAAUAUAUAGCAAAGGGGACAAUAAUGUUAAGGGGGAAAUAAUAUGCGACGGCGUUGGUAUGGUAGUAAAAUAUGUCCGGGAAACUUUCUCGGGCGCACGACGGAAUCCGCAAUUGCAAAGAGCAACCGUAACUUCCCGACGACGACGACGCGCCGUCCGUCGGUUGAAAAAAUACAAAAUUAUCGCAACGGCCGAAAUUCGACGUCGAUCGGAGUUUACGUUACGACUUUCGCUUCCGUUUCUCCCUCUUUCGUUGUUUCUCUUCUUUUUCUUCUUUCCUUUCGUAGCUCGCAAUUGCCGAUUCGAGGCGGCGCGCGUCCUCAUUGUAUAAAGAAAGGAAGCGUUCGUUAUAUAAAUAAUGUGCGAAAAGGCUUGUACUCGUUUGCGAAGCAACGGAUAAAUAUAUACAUGCCGCGCGCGCGCGCGCAAAAUUUCCAACGCGCCAAAGUCCGUCCUCAUUUUCUCCGUCUUGAUUUCCUCUCCUCGCGAUUUUUACACCGUCCCAUGACGUUUUCUCUUUAUGUAUAUAUAUGUGUGUAUAUCUUCUUUUUUUUUUUCCGUUUUUUCCCCUUCCUUUUUUCCGUUUGUCCUCCGCGUACUCUAAAAUAUCUCUGGGCUUAACAAUAUCAUCAAGGCACUGUUAACAGUUCUCCGAGGUCAGAGUCGACUUUUUAGACGUCCGCCUUCGGUACGCCUUCGAAUCGCCAAUCCGUCAUCGAGUUUAUCCGCUUCAUUUCUUUUAUCUCACAUCGCUGAUGGCAGGUUCUCAACUAAACUCGAUGGCGCGCGAUCCGCCGGCGAAAUCCGAGAAAAUCGACGCCGCUCGAUCGGUCAGAUCUACGUUUCGUUACAUUAGGAGAAGUCACGCGACAACAAAUUCCCUCUCCCUUUCUCUCUCGUCAUGGUUCUUUGUUCACUGGUAUCGGUACUUCGUACAUAGCGAUUAAAAAUGUGCAAAUUCGUAAUGGCAGUAUCG